CCGCGGCCCCGCCCCCGGGGGCCGAGCCCCGACCGCGGCUCCCGGGACAGGUGAGCGGCUCGCGGGCGCGCAGGGCGCCCCUCCCCCGCGCCUCCCAGAUGGGCAGCGGGAGGCUCCGGAGGCUGCGCCCAGGCUCUGAGCAGCCGUAGGUCUGCAGACCGGCUGGGCGUGGGUCACCGACAUGGCUCAGCCACUGACCUUUGUCCUCAGUGUUCCCGAGACCCCGGAGGACCAUGGCCCGGAGCCCAGCCCCUAUGAUGAGAGCGAAGUGCACGACUCCUUCUAUCAGCUCAUCCAGGAGCAGAGCCAGUGGGUGGCCGAGGAGGGUCUGGAGCUGCAGCAGAGGGAGCCAGGGCCCCCGGAGACCCCAGGCAGUGGCCACCAGACCCUGCUGGGGCCCGAGGACCCCCUCGUCCACAGCACGGCCACACUCCGCAUCUUGGCCAGCAUGCCCAGCCGCACUAUCGGCCGCAGCCGAGGGGCCAUCAUCUCCCAGUACUACAACCGCACCGUGCGGCUCCGGCGCAGGGUCAGCCGGCCCGAGCUCAGGGGCGUGGGGCGCUCUGCCCGGCCCAGCCUCCGCCUCUACGACCUGGAGCUGGACCCCGUGGCCCUGGAGGAGGAGGAGAAGCGGUUCCUCCUGGUGAAGGAGCUCCAGGGCCUGCCGGUGGCCCAGCGGGACCACGUGCUCCGCGGGAUGCCCUUGGGCCUGGCCGAGAAGCGCAGCCUGCGAGAGGAGAGCCGGACCCUGACGCGGAAGCGGCGUGGCCGCCGUGGCCGGCGUGGACUCCUCCCCUGCUGCGGCCGGCUGCGGGACGCCUGCGUCCUGGCCCUGCACAGCCUGGGGCUCGGGCUGCUCUCGGGGCUGCACGCCCUGAUGCCCUGGCGCUACGCCCUGAAGCGGAUCGGAGGCCAGUUCGGCUCCAGCGUGCUCUCCUACUUCCUCUUCCUCAAGACCCUGCUGGCCUUCAACGCCCUCCUGCUGCUGCCCCUGCUGGCCUUCCUCGUGGGCGUGCAGGCCGCCUUCCCGCCGCCAGCCUCCCCGGGCGCCGUCCCCGCCUUCACGGGCUUGGAGCUGCUCACCGGCGCGGGCCGCUUCACCCACACCGUCAUGUACUACGGCUACUACAGUAACACCACGCUGAACCAGCCGUGUGUGCCCCCGCUCGACGGCGGUCAGUGCAGCCGCGAGGCAGACGGCCUGCCCUACAACAUGCCCUUGGCCUACCUCUUCACUGUGGGCGUGGCCUUCUUCAUCACCUGCAUCACCCUGGUGUACAGCAUGUCGCACUCUUUUGGGGAGAGCUACCGGGUGGGCAGCACGGCAGGGGUUCAUGCCGUCACCGUUUUCUGCUCCUGGGACCACAAGGUGACUCAGAAACGGGCCUCCCGCGUCCAGCACGACAACAUCCGAACCCAUCUGAAGGAGCUGCUGGCCGAGUGGCAGCUGCGGCAGGUUCCCCGGAGCCUGUGCGGGCGGCUGCGGCAGGUGGCCGUGCUGGGGCUCGUGUGGCUGCUGUGUCUGGGGACAGCGCUGGGCUGCACCGUGGCCGUCUACGCCUUCUCGGAGCUCAUGAUCAAGAGCCCGGUGUCCACGGAGCAGGAGGGGGCGCUGCUGGCCCUGCCCACCGUGGUAUGCGUCCUCAAUCUGGGCGCCCCCUACCUGUACCGCUGCCUGGCGGCCCUGGAGCGGCACGACUCCCCGGUGCUGGAGGUGUACGUGGCCAUCUGCAGGAACCUCAUUCUCAAGAUGGUCAUUCUGGGGAUUCUUUGCUACCACUGGCUGGGGCGCAGGGUGGGCGUCCUGAAGGAGCAGUGCUGGGAGAACUUCGUGGGCCAGGAGCUGUACCGGCUCAUGGUGCUGGACUUCAUCUUCGUGCUGCUGGACACGCUUUUCGGGGAGCUGGUGUGGAGGCUCAUCUCUGAGAAGAAGCUCAAGCGGGAGAAGCCGGAGUUUGACAUUGCCGGGAACGUUCUGGAGCUGAUUUACGGGCAGACCCUGACCUGGCUGGGGGUCCUCUUCUCGCCCCUCCUCCCCGCCAUACAGAUCAUCAAGCUGCUGUGCCUUUUCUACAUCAAGAAGACGAGCCUGAUGGCCAACUGCCAGGCGCCCCGCAGGCCGUGGCUGGCCUCGCACAUGAGCACCGUCUUCGUCUCGCUGCUCUGCUUCCCCUCCUUCCUGGGAGCCGCCGUCUUCCUCUGCUACGCCGUGUGGCAGGUGAGGCCCUCCAGCACCUGCGGCCCCUUCCGGACCCUGGACACCAUGUACGAGGCGGGCAAGGUGUGGGUGCGCCGUCUGGAGCAGGCGGGCCCCAGCGUGUCCUGGGUGCCCUGGAUCCACCGCUACCUGGUGGAAAACACCUUCCCUGUCUACCUGGUGUCGGCCCUGCUGCUGGCCGUCAUCUACCUCAACAUCCAGGUGGUGAAGGGCCAGCGGAGGGUCAUGUACCUCCUCAAGGAGCAGAUCAGCAACGAGGGGGAGGACAAAAUCUUCUUGAUCAACAAGCUUCACUCUGUCUACGAGAGGAAGGAGAGGAGGGCUGGUAGGACCCAGGAGGCCGAGCAGCUGGCGGGCGAUCUGGACACCUGGUAGGACAGCGACAGGCCUGGCGGCUCUGGCUCUGCGUCUGCUCACAGUUGCUACGCCGGUGGAUGGGAGGUUGACAGCUACUUCAGCCCAAUGACAAGAUUCCCGCAUGCCACUGCUUCUCGGCCUUGGCUGCUCAACGGAACCAACUAGUAAGACUUUAAAACUCGAGUGCCCCAGGUGCACCCCCCAGGAUUCUGCUCACAUUGGUUUGGGAGGUGCCCUGGCCCUAGGAUUCUAAAAAACGUCCAGGUCAUUCUAACAUGCAGCCGGCUGAGCAGCACCGCUGUGCUCUCCGUGGCAGCUGACGCAGGUCUAGUGAGCCCAACGCAGCACUGCCCACUGAGGGGGCGUUUGGAAACCUGCUGGUUUCUCACAGCCGGGGCGCCAGACUGGGAGGCCGGGCCUGCUACUGGGGCUCCUGGUCAGGUCGCAGUCUCACACAAGUAGAGCUUGGCCACUGUGUUUCCACUGAGGCGUGAAGGGCAGAGCUGCUAGCUGCUAAAUGAACGAUGCCUCAGUCGUGAUUCCCGUGUAGGUUUCCAUGGAUCUAUCCCAAAUGUGCUGUCCUGGGGAAGAACCUCUUGAAACACUGGCCUCCCUCUCGCUCCCGUCCGUGGGCACGUACUCAGCAGCUCCGCUCUCCUCUGUUCCGCUUCUGCGGCCUCCGCACUGUUCGGACACCCCCUUCUCUGCCUACCCUGCUGCUACCCGCUGAGCACCCCUUUUGUCUUUGCUGUUCGCCCAGUGUCUUCUGAACAAUUCUGGAGAAAGUGCAGUUCCAUACCUAUUGUUUUCUUGAUUCUAGACACCGACCUCCUUUCCUGCUGUGGUACCAGGGCUCCUGUUCCCCAUUCCGGGUUCAUGAGUUGUCACUCCAGAUCCCGUCCAUCCCCUGCUUUCCCGAGGCUGUCGAAAUCCAACCCGGCCCCUGGGGCCCAGGGCCACCUCUGGUGCAGCCCUUGGAUGUUCUCUAGGCCCUGACCCUGUCCUCCCGGGGAGGCAGGUGCUCCCCCAGAGGAACCCCGGACACACAGGCACUGGCUCGGCAGUGCAGGGUAUGCUCUGGCCGCUGCCUCACUCCCAUUCCUCCUUGCCUCUCCCUUCUACUCCCCACCGUGACCCCUUCAGUGCCAUCCUGCAUGACUUUCUGAAGAGGUUGGGCUGAGCCAGGGGUUCACCACCUUGCCUUAGGCACCCCCGGUCCUACCUGCUUGGUAAGACGAGGAAGGGGAGCAGAGGCUCUUUCUGCUGGCCUCUGGGCAACAGGUCACAGAGGACACAUUGGCUAGUCUCCCAGAAACUGUCUUUAUGAUCCUGGUGAUCAGAAGCACUGAUGCUCGCUGAACUGACCGAAGGCCAUGGUGUUUGGAGUGGGCCUGAGGCAACCACCAGUGUUUGACUUCUAGCUGCCACCAGAGAGACCAUGUUUCCUGCAGCGCCCUGAGGUCUGUGCUGCUUGUGCAAAAUGCUUUGUGAAUGUCACCUUUCACAGUUUUUUUUAGGCUCUUUUACCAGAAUAAAUGAAUAAACUGUCCAGGAAACACAAAA